GAGACUGUCAAGAAAAGUCAAAUUGUCAAUGAAACGCUAACGUACAUGUUUUUGUGACGACGUACAUUUUCAUUAUUAACUAUAAUUUGUUGUAAAAAUUUUACUUGCUUUUGCUUGUUGCAUUACGAGUAGUUCAAGAAGUUUCUUUAGAAUUUAAAUGGGUUGCUAUGUUCUCUGAGUGAUUUUUAAGUGGUGAUUAUGUCGUCCGAUAUGGGUCCUUUCAUUUUAUUUAUCGUGGCAUUUAUCUUAGAAACGGGUGUGUCAGCAAUAGAGGUGACUUUGUCAGACAAUGGGCCUGCGGUGCGAGGUGCUGCUGUAACAUUUACAGCUAAUAUAACAUCGGAUUACACAGGGGAAAAAUUAAAAUUCGUGUUUACUGACAGUGCGACACCACAGCAUAGUAAAGAGAUUAUUAGCCCGGAUCGAACGGUCAACUUCACUGUCGAAUAUUCCCGAGACAUUUACGAAGCGAACCAGUACGUGGUUAAUUUGGAAGUGAAGAAAUAUUACUUUGAAAGCAUAUGGUGGACUGUCGCAACUGCUUUCACGGCGUUCAAUCUAACAGAUACACUUCAUGGUGAUAUGAAACUGAAGCAAAACGAUGCAGAGAGACCAAAUAACUUCGUGGCCGUCAACAACACAGUCACCCACUUCGUUAAACUCCAUGAGAGUGAACUGGAGUUCUUGAAGAAGAAUGCCUCAUCAAUCCAAACACACUGGUUCAUAGACUGCGUCUACAUAGACGCUACUUCUGACUUCUCAUUAAAUUAUACAUACGAAGAUAAUAUGGGCAGUCACGAAGUAGAAGCGAUAGUUGUUGCUAACAACGAGCCUUUGCCGCCGUUGACGACAACGACGACGACCACAACCACGACUACAACAACUACUACGACUACAACUACUACAACUCCUAAGCCUACAACUGCUGGUCCAACUACACCUAAAGCCUCAACUACGACUCAAGUUCCUACAAAUGCUUCGUCAACUCCUGCACCAAUACCGUCGAAUGUAACCGAUGUUAAUAGUACUGCACCCCACAAAGUGUCUAAACGUGCUAUAUCUAAUAGAACUCUGAAAGGCCCAGACGGUUCACCACUCACAUGCAACAAUACCAUCCCAAUAAGCAGUGGGUACACCUACGGAAGAUAUCGGCACAACAUAUUUGUAAGAGAACCGAUAACAACAGUGAACAUAACUGGAUUAAACUGGCUUCAGCACGGGGACCUUUUGAACAUGAAUGUCAAGUAUACAGGCUCCCAACCCUUCAACUACUGCAUUCAGUAUAAGUUAGGAGAGUACAAUAUCACUGGAAAUGAGACCUGUCCCUCUCCCAUGACGACAGUCGCCAAUUCCUUCCCCCUAGUCCAUUAUUUCUCAGACAGUGACAAGCAUACAGUUGUAGUUAUCAUAGAAAAUGAAAUUGGGAAGUCUGUUGCGAAAUCCACUAUUAAUAUUUACAAAGUAUCGGUGCACGCGCAGUUGUCCGUCAUAGUGAUACCUGUGUUCUUCUGUCUCGUCGCCGUUAUCCUAGUCGUGUUUGGUAUUGCUUAUUACCAACAUCGAUCAAGGCACACGAUAGAAGUAGCGGACUUCGACUUCGGUCAGGCGCAUCUCGACUACAAAACGUUCACAGAGCGACUUCGAGAUAGCUUCAGAAACGCCUUCAAUUUCCGCCAGAGGGACGACACGGAUCCUCUCACAAAUAACACUAGAUACGACUCAAUGACGUAAAUAGUAUUUAACUACGCACACGGCAAGAGAAUUUAGUUUACAGGCAAGUGACUGACAUUUACGUAGUAGGAUUUUAGCAGUAUAUUAUGGUUGGUUUUAAAAAGUCCUUUCAGUUGUAGUGUUGUUUCGUUGAUUUUUGUAGCUGACGUUUUUAUGAAAUUCAUCCGUUUUUGUAAUAGAUAAUUUGAUGUAACUUGAACUAACAGUUCGUUUCAAUAUUAUGUACCAAUUGUAAAUGAUAAUAAACUCCUUCUUUUUAGUAACUAAAUCGUUGUCAGUUGCCUGUUUAUUAAAUUCGAAUGCUGUAUGGAUACCAAUUAUUUAGCGACGGCAUUCAAUGCAAUAUAAGUGACAGAAAGAGUGAAUUCCAGUAGCCGAGAGAAGCAUCAUUAUUUUACUCACUAACGGUCGAAAUUAAUAUAAUAUCAAUCCUAAAUCUUUGUAUUAAGAUUCAUAUCAGUUUAAUUUCAGCCGUAAAGACAAAUGCGACUCGAAAUAAGAAUAUCAUUUUCGAAAUCUAAUAAUGAUAGCUUCAUAGAUACGGUUGUGGAAUGUUAAAUGGGAAUUUUGAAAGUCAUGAGUAUCUUCGUUAAAUAAUUUAGUUUUUCGAUCGCCAGCUUGAUUGCCGAUGGAAAACGAUACUGAGAACAGAAAGGCGUAAACAGUGGCUUUAGUACGUUUGAAGUAUUCGACACGAGACCACGUUCGGCACUCUGAGGCCUUAGUACGAGUUUGAUUUAUGAAUAAAGUAUUCGAAACGAGUACGCGUUCGGCACUGUGAUUGGCU